UCUUCUGGUUUUAACUCUCUUUUCAAUUCUAAAUCUUCUGUGUUUUUUCUGAAAGACCCCUUUGAAGCCCUUCUUUGGAUCGUCUUGUAGAAGAAAGGGUCGAGAAGAUGUUGAAAAAGGAAGCUUUUAUUGGGGCGAUUGAUCAAGGAACAACUAGUACGAGAUUCAUAAUCUAUGAUCAAUCAUAUCAAGUCAUUGGGUCUCACCAGAUGGAGUUCACUCAGUUCUUUCCUCAAGCUGGAUGGGUAGAACACAAUCCGGUGGAGAUUCUGGAGAGCGUGCGGGUUUGUAUGUCGAAAGCUAUUGACAAGGCGACAGAGGAUGGGCACAACUUGGAUAGUGGACUUAAGGCCAUUGGAGUCACGAACCAGAGAGAGACUACGGUUGUCUGGAGUAAAUCCACUGGUCUGCCGCUUUAUAACGCUAUUGUUUGGAUGGAUGUUCGAACCAGUUCUAUUUGCAGGAGAUUAGAGGAACAAUUUCCAGGGGGGAAAUACCAUUUCUUGGAGACAUGUGGACUGCCUAUUAGCACUUAUUUCAGUGCCGUUAAACUUCUGUGGCUUUUAGAAAAUGUUGAUUCUGUUAAGAGAGCCGUGGAAUCAGGAGAUGCUCUGUUUGGGACUAUCGACACUUGGUUGAUCUGGAACCUCACUGGAGGUUCUCAUAGUGUUGACCCAACCCAGAAUACUGUGACCGGUUUACAUGUCACUGAUGUCUCAAAUGCAUCUCGAACGAUGCUCAUGAAUCUCAAGACUCUUGAUUGGGAUACACCCACAUUGGAGACCUUGGGGAUACCCAGUGAAAUCCUUCCCAAGAUUGUUAGCAAUUCUGAAAUCAUUGGAAACGUAGCAGUCGGAUGGCCUACGGCUGGUGUUCCGAUUGCAGGCUGUCUUGGUGACCAACAUGCAGCAAUGGUGGGUCAGGCAUGCCGAAAGGGGGAGGCAAAAAGCACCUAUGGCACAGGUGCAUUCAUACUUCUUAACACUGGUGAGGAGAUUAUUAAAUCAAAUCAUGGUCUCCUGAGCACCAUUGCUUACAAACUUGGACCAAAUGCACCGACGAAUUAUGCUUUAGAGGGCUCCAUUGCGAUUGCCGGAGCUGCAGUUCAGUGGCUCAGAGACAGCCUGGGCAUUAUUCAGACUGCCCCAGAGAUUGAAGAUUUGGCAAACAAAGUUGAUAAUACAGGUGGGAUUUAUUUUGUGCCCGCAUUCAAUGGGUUGUUUGCUCCAUGGUGGAAAGAUGAUGCGAGAGGUGUGUUGGUUGGGAUCACAAGGUUCACAAACAGGUCACACAUUGCUCGAGCUGUUCUUGAGAGUAUUUGUUUUCAGGCAAACGAUGUGUUGGAUUCAAUGCACAAAGAUUCAAAGGAAAAGGCAGGGGUUACUUAUGAGGACUUUUUGCUCAGGGUUGAUGGUGGUGCAUCUGCCAACAAUCUUUUAAUGCAGAUUCAGGCGGAUUUGUUGGGGAGUCCAGUGAUAAGGCCAGGUGAUAUAGAGACGACGGCUCUGGGUGCGGCUUAUGCAGCUGGAUUGGCUGUUGGUGUUUGGACAGAAGAUGAAAUUUUCUCAACAGUGCAGCUGGAAGCAAAAGCAACAACUUUCUAUCCCAAACUGGAAGAGGAACAGAGGAAGAAAAAGGUGGAAUCUUGGUACAAGGCUGUCACAAGAAGUUUUGAGUUGGCCAACCUUUCCCUUUAACUCAUAUUCCCUGCCAUGGCAUAUUUCCCCCCAUUUUAGUGAUAUUUAUUUUUGAAUAAUGUCAAAAUUGGUAGAUUAUGUGAAUUAGACAGUAAUUUUAUCUUCAUCUAGUGAUAUAAGUUGCAUCCC